AUGGGUAACGUACAUCAACAAUGUCGUGGUAUAACAAAUAAUAGUCUUGAACUUGAUCGUGUCAAUGCUAUUUAUGAACCAAAUGAAAUUAUUUCUGGUACUGUUUCAUCGUUAAAACAUACCAAUGCAUCUAUUGUCUUAAAUGGUAUGAUUUAUUUUAAAAAACGUAAAAAAACUCAUGUUGAAAAAUGUCGAAUAAUAUUUUUUACAAGUGAAUAUAAUUUAUCAUUCAAAUCGAAUAAAAAAGAAAAAUUUCAAAUUCAAUUAGCUGAAAAUUUACCACCAUCAUUUACAACUAUCGAUACAUAUCCAAAUAUAUCUUAUUCAGUUAAUCUUAUCUAUAAAAAAUCUAAAGAUCAAAUUCAAACAUCCAUUCCAAUACGUGUUUAUCCUCGUAUUUGUAUUGAUCGACCUUUACUAUUAACACCAUUAUUUUUUGGUCCAGUUGAAAAUUAUGACACAGGAAUUAAACUGGAAGUUAAACUUAAUCGUGCAAUUUUUACCUUGGAUGAUAUUAUACAAAUUUAUUAUGAAUUACAAAAUCCAAGUCAAACUUAUAUACAUAAAACAGAAAUUAGUUUAGGAAUUUAUUAUAAUAUUGAAUUAAAUGUUUGGCAAGAAGAUGUAUGUAAUGGGAUAGAAAAUUUCAAUAAUAUAUCAUCAAAUAAUAAAUUAAUACGAAAUAAAGCUUUAUUAAGUGUUCCAAAUAAAACUUAUUUACCACCAACAUUUAAAUUUCGAUAUGGAAGUGAAAAAGAUCAAGCAUCAUUUGAUUUAACAAUUGAAUAUAAAAUACAAUUUAAAAUUUAUUUCGGUACUGAAGAAAGUUUAUGGCAAGUUGAUAUACCAAUUGUUUUAUGUAAUAAUAUAAUAGAAAAAGAAGAAGAAGAAGAAGAGAAAAAUAAUGUUGAUGAAAUGAAUAUUAAACCGGAAUUAAUUUCUCAAUCUGCUGAUAUGAAUACUAAUAUUUGUGAAUAA